UCGAGGAAGCGACAACAACGCACCUGAGGAAUUAUGAAGGGACUAGCCGUGGAUUUCGCUUUCGCGUUUCUUCUUCUGGUGGACUUGGUCGUGGUCCCGGUUGCGGCGCAGCCCUUCGCUGGGAUGCGCCCUGACGCUCUGCUCCGUGGGAUGAACGAUCGGCUCCGCGGCUCCAGACGCACCGUGCAGCGGCAGCAGGCCGGCAGGCUGCCCCUCUACAUGAUGCAGCUGUACCGGACCAUGCUGACCGAGGACCGGGACAGACCUCCGGCCUCCAGCGUGAGUCAAACGAGGGCCGAGGACAACCCAAGGCUGCAUGACUCCGACUCUGUGAUCAGCCUCGUCGCCAAGAGCUGCCAUCAGAUCGGGAAGACGUGGUCUGUCACCUUUGACAUGUCCUCCAUGUCUGCACAUGACAACAUUCAACUGGCUCAGCUUCGCAUCCGCCUUCCCGACUUCACGGAGUCCUCCAGCAGCUCCGUGGACAUCUACCACUCCCACAGUGACCGGUGCUCUGGCACACACUGCGCAGAGAGAAGGGUCCCGCUGGGCCGCCUGAGAGCUCAUCCCAGUUCGAUGGACUCACCGUCCUCCUGGAAAGUGUUCAACAUGACAGAGAUGCUCCAUCGCUGGCUGCAGCAGAGGCGCUCCACAAAGCGGACGGAGGAGGAGGAGGAGGUGGUGGUGGAGGUGGAGAAGCAGGAGGGAAUCCAGCAUCCUACAUCCGACAGGGUCAUGAUGGUCGUCUUCUCGAGGCAGAGCCCCAACAGUCAGCCAACGCUCAUCCGCACGGCAGAGCACUCCAAGUACGUCAGCCUGGACAAGGAGGGGGCGACUCCGACCUCCGGGGUGAGUCGCAGCAGAGAAAAGAGGCACCAUCGCACCCAGCACCAGAAACAGAGGGUGAACGGGGCUGCUCCCGUUGGCAAGGCCGCGGAGGUGGAGAGAGGUCCUCUCUGCAGGAAGGUGGACAUGUGGGUGGACUUUGAGAAGAUCGGCUGGAGUGAGUGGAUCGUCUACCCCAAGAGAUACAACGCUUACCGCUGCGAGGGGAGAUGUCCUACACCAGUAGAUGAGACCUUCACUCCAACUAACCACGCAUUCAUGCAGAGCCUCUUGAAGCUUCACCACCCAGACAAGGUGCCCUGCGUGUCCUGCGUACCCACACGCCUGGCGCCGCUUUCCAUGUUGUACUACGAGAACGGGAAGAUGGUGAUGAGGCACCACGAGAACAUGGUGGUGGAGGAGUGUGGCUGCCACUGAGGACAAGGACCCGUGAUCCCCUUAAAAACGCUGCAGACCAGAGAGACUUUGGACUGUAUGCCCAGAGGAGACCACUGCCGCAGACACCGAGAUACUCAGAGGCACAAAGUGGACGAUCGACCACAAGCACUUUCCAGAGAUGUCGAGUCUGAUGCUGGGACAGAAAGCUGCUGCUGUGAUGCAAGACAUGAAAGAAGGCAACUACUGUACACACUGGACACCGCUCAAUGAAUUACAGAUAGUUAGAUAUAUUUGGUACUUUCUGGAGAUUAGUAGUACUAACUGAAGCACUGUAGUACAGCUGUACACAACACGUACAAACUGUUUUUUUUUUUAUGCCUGAACGCAGCAUUUUUAGUCAGCAAUGGUUUAAGCGCUUUAACUUUAAGAUGUUUGGGUCACAUUGACCCAUUUGUAUGUUUACAUUGUACAGUAAUACAAUAAAUUAUUUCUUAUCUUCAACUAAAUUGUUCCAGUUUUCAUUA